GUCUCCCCGGCGGAAAGGGCGCAGCGGCACUUCCCUGUCGGCCCUCCAGGGAAACUCGUCAUGGAGGAGAGCAGCGGCGUCCGCCUCUCGGCCGAGUGCCUGGACGAGCCGCCCAACAGCCGCAUUUUCGUGGUGCUGGGCAAGGACACCGAGGAGACGCUGAUCCGGGAGCGCUUCUCCCCCUUCGGGGACAUCCAGAACAUCUGGCUCCUGCGGGACAGGCGCACCAAUGAGUCCCGCGGCAUCGCCUUCAUCAAGUUCGCCCGCAGCUCGCAGGCCUGCCGGGCCAUGGAGGAGAUGCACGGCCGCAGCCUGCUCCCCGACACCAAGCCCAUCAAGGUAUUUAUUGCACAGUCAAGAGCUUCUGGAAGCCACCGAGAUGUUGAAGAUGAGGAGCUUACACGAAUCUUUGUUAUGAUACCAAAAACCUAUACAGAGGAGGAUCUGCGAGAGAAGUUUAAGAUGUAUGGAGACAUUGAAUAUUGCAGCAUUAUUAAAAACAAGACCACUGGAGAAAGUAAAGGUUUGGGCUACGUGAGGUAUCUAAAACCAUCGCAAGCUGCCCGAGCAAUUGAAGAGUGUGAUCGAAGUUUCAGGGCCAUUUUGGCUGAACCUAAAAAUAAGGCAUCUGAGUCUUUUGAACAUGACUAUUACAGUAAUAACACAAGGCAAGAACCAAGAGGAAAUACGCUUCCAUUUUGUAUGCAGCCAGAAUUUUGUAGUUUUGAAAAAAACGAGAGCAGAAUUCAAGAAUCCGUCUCCAAACGUCUGUCAGUGUUAUCACGGCUUCCCUUUAUCCAAGAGCAGUUGUUUGCCCUCUUUGAUUUAGUUCCAGGACUGGAAUAUUGUGAUGUUCAGCGAGAUCCUUAUACCAAUAGUGGCUAUGCUGUGAUUCAGUACAGCACUGCUGCAUCAGCUAUAUAUGCCAAGUACAAAUUACAUGGGUUUGAGUAUCCUCCUGGAAAUCGAUUAACUGUCACUUUCCUAGAAGAUGGGAGUGAUAGUUCAGACCUCAUCAGAAAAAUGGCAACACAGCUGGUGACAGCACAGGUGUCGUCAGCGUUGCGCAAUAACAACACGAUUGUUCAGCAGUAUAGGACACCUCCUCAAGCGUUUGGAGGAACUUCUGGCCCACAGUUACUUCAGCCCCAAACAGAUGCCAUUCUGCCACCACCCAAAAAAAAAGUUCCACCUGACACUUCUGUGAAGGAAAGGCUUUUCAUACUUUUUCAUCCCCAUCCUUUACCUGUUGUCGUUUUGGAGGAUGUGUUCUGUCGUUUUGGACAAUUGAUACAGGUUUACCUUGUUGCUGGAAAAAAUGUGGGCUAUGCAAAAUUUGCAGACAGAGCAAGUGCCAGCGAGGCCAUAACUGCAUUACAUGGCAAGAUUGUGAAUGGGGUCAGGCUCAAAGUGAGGUUGGCAGACUCGCCCUCGGAGGAACCCAACAAGCGCCAGAGAACUUACUGAGCAGAAACUAAAUAAUGACAUGACCCUCAGCUAGCUGACUGACUGACUGAAAACGUGACUAGACAUGGUUCCUGUGGACAGUGACAGCUUUUUCAGUGACAGCUUUUUUUUUGUUGUUGGUUUUUUUGUUAAUUGUUACUUAGUUGAUCUUCUCUCUAUGGUGCUUUUUGAUUUUGAAUAUGCAGACAUGCAGUUUUGAAAAUUAUCUAGGUAUUUAACAUUGUAAACUGGUGGUUGUUCUUGUAGUAGUAUAUAAUCCUGUAUUACAGAAAUCUUGUUUUACCUGAAUUCCUCCUAUAAGAUGGAAAUUACAAUGAUAGGGGAAAUAAAGGAGUCAACAUUUUCUGACUUGACUGGUUAGUUGAUAAUGAUUCAGAUUCUGUUAAGAUAGAAGACAUUUCUCAUAAUCCAAAUUGCAUUGAAAAGUGAAGUACAGCAGUAAAUUCAAAGAAAAUGAAAUUGUUUAAAAACUGCUAUCAGGCAUGAUAGUAUUAAUCUAGAUUUAAGAAAAUAGCUGUAAUCUAGAAAAUGAUUCAAAGUACCUUCUUAAAUAUUUUGUUGACUUGGGCCAAAAGUACUUGUUAUGUUUUGUAUGCUGUUUAGUGAAAGUGACAUUUGACUGUGGGUCAGACUAUCAAAGCUACUUACAUUUAUCCUUUCUUAUCCUGAGGUCUUUUGGUUAUAACUGGGGAAAGUAUGGAGUCUAAGGGUGUGGGGGUUUUUUUGUUGUUAUUUUUUUUUUUAAAGGGGUUGGGGUUCUUUCCUCCCCCCCGAAGCUUUCAAUGCAUAUGUUCAAGUAAGAGUUGGACAAGUCAGCAUUUCAGCAGGAUCAAGAGCACAUUCCAGCACUGAUGGAGAGUAAAUGAAGAUAGUUCAAAUAAGUAUUUGCACAGAGAAUUUUCAAAUGCCAAAUACUUUUCUGUGUAUUCCUGCAUACUACUUGUUGAAUUGAAAAUAUCCUGGUUAUUAAAAUAAUUUAUACAGAUAAAAUUGA